GCAGUCCAAAAGUUCAUUCAUUGUUACAGUCCAAGUCACCAAUUCUGUUUGUCAUCGCGUAGUGCUUUGCACCCCAAUCUCUUCACCUCCUUCUCCUGACUAUCGUCCGGGACUUGAAAAGACUCCGAUCGAGUUCCGCACCCGAGCGAAAGGACCAGAAAUCGGCCGUGCUAGACGACGAUCUUUCUGCCCCGUGCGCCAAUUAAUCAAUCAAUUAAUCCCUCCUUCAUCCGAACGAUCCGAAACAGUUUUUUUAACUUCCCAAGACUCGCACAAAUAUUUAAAGCGAACAAGAUGCCUUUGUGGGGGUCGAAAUCCAGCCAGGAGAGCGACAAUGCCGCGCUAGAAAGCGAUCCCAAGAACGACCCCGUUGCGUCGGCGUCUCAGGCCGCGGGGACCGGAUGGCUGGUCGGACAUUUGAACCAUCUCACUGAGGAUCAGGAGAAGAAGCUGCAGGAGUUUAAGAAACUAUGCGAAGAAAAUGGAUACUACAAAUCCGCGAGUGACACGGAGGAGGCGAGCCAUGACGAUGCGACAAUGCUGCGGUUCCUGCGCGCCCGCAAAUUCGACGUGAAUGGCGCUUGGGGCCAAUUCAAGGACACCGAGGACUGGCGCAAGGAGAAUGCCAUCGAGUCUCUGUACGAGAAUAUCGAUGUGGAGUCGUAUGACGCCGCGAGGAGGAUGUACCCUCAAUGGACAGGUCGUCGGGACCGCCGCGGUAUCCCCGUUUACGUGUUCGAGAUCCGGCACCUGAACAGCAAGAACAUGGCCGCUUAUAACUCCACCAUGACCGAUCCCUCUGCGACGGCGGAAACGCACAAGUCCUCCACGGUGCCGCAGCGUCUCUUACGUCUCUUUGCCCUCUACGAGAACCUCCUCCGUUUUGUCAUGCCCUUGUGCUCCCAGUUGUCCCGCCCGCAUCCCGAUACGCCCAUUGUGAGUUCGAACAACAUUGUCGAUGUCAGCGGUGUUGGUUUGAAGCAGUUCUGGAACUUGAAGGGUCACAUGCAGGACGCGAGCGUUCUGGCUACGGCGCAUUACCCGGAGACCCUGGACCGCAUUUUUAUCAUCGGAGCUCCUUCCUUCUUCCCAACCGUCUGGGGCUGGAUUAAGCGCUGGUUUGACCCCGUCACUACCUCUAAGAUCUUCAUCCUCUCCUCCGCCGAGGUCCUGCCUACCCUUAGUUCUUUCAUGGACCCGACCACUAUCCCCAAGCAGUACGGCGGCCAGCUAGACUGGCAAUGGGGCGACAUGCCCAACCUUGACGACGAGGCCCGGAAACUUGUGGGCGGGCUGGAGACUCCUCCCGCCGAAGGAGAGAGCAAGCCCAGUUUCAUCAAGGGCCCUGUCCUGUUCAAGGGGGACCAUGUCGAGGUGCUGGGUAAGGUGAACGGCGAGAGCCGCAAGCGCAGCGUUCCCGUGCCGGUAGCGCAAGCAGCUGCGUCGACCUCCGCCUCGGAGGAGCAGAAGUCGGACGAUGCUCUCGCCGCCGAGGUCAACGAGAAGCUCGACCUGCAGAAUGGCGCCACCGAGAAGACCGGCAACGGAGACGUCGCUGCUUAACUGUCUUUCCAUUCUACAUGAUGGUUCUUUUCUCAUACUUAUAAUUUUUUUUUUUUUUUUCUUCCAGUGUCUCUGAAAAUUGGCGUCAUGGUUAAGACUAGAUAUUGCAUGUCUAGAGUCAUCUUUGAUAAUUUGGUUUUGUCAUAAGCCUUUGAUUGGUUUAUCACUUUAGAUUUCGGAUAUAUUAUUAUACCUGGCUACUACUGAAUUAGUCAAGAAAAUAUUGGGGUUCUCACUAGAGCAGUUUUCAACUCGAUCUCCGACGUGUG